CUUUCGUUAUUAAAUAUAGCAUAAUCAGUGCUACUUUUCUAAGAAGGUUGUUCAGUGAUAAUUUUCGACUGAAAUCCUCUAUGAUAAGGUAGCUUCUUAGAAAUGCCACAGAGUCGUGCUUACGUUGAGCCAUUUGACAAAUGCAUAUUUGAUUCGGGGUGGAGUGAGGGGAGGCGUCACUGCUUCCAUUUCAGCUCGUGAGAAGAUGCAUGUUUUGUCUUCGCCUCUCACCGUCGUUGAUGGGAUUUGGAAGACUUCUAGGUAAAUUCUCGGAUUUUCUUUGCCUCUUGCAAUGGAAUAAUUGAUACCUUGCCUAACGGUAAAGUUAGAUGGGUAAAAUGUCCCUGCGCUCCAUCUGAUUCAUCGCUAAGACAAUUGGAUUGAGUUAGAUUUUACUCAAUUUCAUUCCCUUUUCUUUCAUAUGAAACUUUUUUUUCUUUUGUAUCUAAGUUGGAUUCGUAUUGAUGGCUCAGAAAACCUCCAGCUCAGAGACUAAUACAGAAAUAGAUAACGACUGGAGCAGUAUGACAUCAGUGUAGGGGGAGCACAACGUAGCCUAUUUCGUGCUGUGGAUGUCGACGCGCUUUUUGUACUGCACAGAUGCACCUGUUUUAGAGUUCAGUGGGAUUUCUUGGGAGUUCCUCUUUCUAUCCUCAACACUUGGAGACCACACAUCCUCAAUGGUUCUUUGAGCAACAAGCGACGCGUGCGGGAAGAUGCUGGAAUCCAAUGCGCACAGGCUGAAUAAAUAACGCGUUCUUACAGUCUUUGGUAUUCUGAUACAUUUUCCCAUAGGCUUUUUCUGUCCACACCUGGGAAAACUUGCGGAAAUGGAUUUUAUUUUGAAUAUGUCGGAUUGUAUUUACAUACAGUUGUGUUGAAGUGCCUUCGCUACGUUUUGAGCGGAUCUAAGUCAAUGGUGGCAGGGUGGGAGAUGAUGGCCACAAACGGUCUCUUACAGCUGAAGCCCUACUUCAGGUUGCAAGUGUUCUGCAUGGUGAAAGCGUUUGUGGAUCUGGCACUUUCGCAAGAGAUCUAUGCACCGCACUCGAUAAGAAUUGAGGGGGAUUUGACCCUAGGUGGCCUUUUCCCCGUCCAUGCUCGCGGACUCCCUGGGGAACCGUGCGGUGAUAUCAAAAAGGAGAAUGGAAUCCACAGGCUGGAGGCGAUGUUGUACGCUUUGGACCAAAUCAACAGCGACGAUGAGCUCUUGCCCAAUAUCACUCUAGGUGCAAGGAUAUUAGAUACAUGUUCGAGGGACACCUACGCGCUCGAACAGUCUCUGACGUUCGUGCAGGCUCUUAUACAAAAAGACACAUCGGAUGUGCGAUGCACCAAUGGAGAACCUCCAGUAUUUGUCAAACCCGAAAAAGUUGUCGGAGUCAUAGGGGCCUCGGCAAGUUCUGUGUCCAUAAUGGUGGCAAACAUUUUGCGCCUGUUCCAGAUUCCUCAAAUAAGUUAUGCCUCCACAGCCCCAGAGCUCAGCGAUGACAGACGGUAUGACUUUUUCUCACGUGUGGUACCCCCUGACUCCUUUCAGGCCCAAGCAAUGGUGGAUAUAGUGAAGGCCAUGGGUUGGAACUAUGUUUCUACUGUGGCAUCAGAGGGAAGCUAUGGCGAGAAAGGUGUGGAGGCAUUCAUGCAGAUAUCCAGGGAGGCAGGUGGAAUCUGCAUUGCCCAGUCCUUAAAAAUUCCUCAUGAUCGUAAGCAGGCUGAUUUUGACAAGAUUGUUGACCAACUCUACAGCACUAAUAAUGCCCGAGCAGUUAUUAUAUUUGCUUCAGAUGAGGAUAUCCGGGGAAUGCUCAAUGCCAGCAAAAAAGCUGAUAAAGUUGGACACUUUCUGUGGAUUGGCUCAGACAGCUGGGGUGCCAAAAACAGUCCAAUUCACUUGCUGGAGGAGGCUGCAGUGGGAGCUAUCACCAUUCUUCCCAAGAGAGCCACAAUUGCUGGGUUUGAUGCCUAUUUUGCAUCUCGUUCACUGGAAAACAACAGAAGGAAUGUGUGGUUUGCUGAAUUCUGGGAGGAGAACUUUAAUUGCAAGCUAAUGAGUUCAUCAAAGAAAGAAGAGACCAGCAGAAAAUGCACAGGUCAAGAAAGAAUAGGAAUAGACUCAAAGUAUGAACAGGAGGGCAAAGUUCAAUUUGUUAUUGAUGCAGUGUAUGCAAUGGCCCAUGCCCUGCACAACAUGCAGAAGGAUCUCUGUCCUGAUAUGUCUGGAAUUUGUCCAGAAAUGGAAGUGGCUGGAGGGAAGAAACUUCUAAAAUACAUCCGCAGUGUCAGUUUCAAUGGAAGUGCUGGGACAUCUGUGACAUUCAAUCGCAAUGGUGAUGCUCCAGGACGAUAUGAUCUGUUCCAGUACCAAGUAAAUAAUAAUAGCACCCCUGGCUACAGAGUUAUUGGACAAUGGAUGGACACUCUACAACUUAAUAUUGAGGACAUGCAAUGGCCCAAUGGUGAGCAGGAGAUCCCCAUCUCUGUAUGCAACCUGCCAUGCAAAACCGGUGAGCGGAAGAAGAUGGUAAAAGGCAUGCCGUGCUGCUGGCACUGUGAAUUGUGUGAUGGCUAUCAGUACCAGUAUGACGAGACCACCUGCAAGCUGUGCACCUACAAUAUGCGACCCAACGCGAAUCGCACAGGAUGCCAACCCAUCCCAAUUGUCAAAUUAGAGUGGCACUCUCCCUGGGCUGUCAUCCCUGUCUUCCUGGCCAUGCUGGGCAUCAUUGCCACCAUAUUUGUAAUGGCGACAUUCAUCCGCUACAAUGACACCCCUAUUGUCCGUGCCUCUGGCCGUGAGUUAAGCUAUGUGUUGCUGACUGGAAUAUUCCUGUGCUACAUCAUUACGUUCCUCAUGAUUGCCAAGCCUGACAUAGGCAUCUGCUCCUUCCGACGGAUCUUUCUAGGACUGGGCAUGUGCAUAAGUUACGCUGCUCUGCUCACCAAAACCAACCGAAUCUAUCGCAUCUUUGAAGAGGGUAAAAAAUCAGUAACACCACCGAAGUUGAUCAGUCCCACCUCCCAGCUAGCCAUCACCUCCAGCCUUAUAUCUGUGCAGCUCCUGGGGGUCUUCAUCUGGUUUGGGGUGGAUCCACCUAACGCUGUCAUUGACUAUGAUGAGCAGAAGACCAUAAACCCUGACAAGGCUCGGGGUGUCCUUAAGUGUGACAUCACAGACCUGCAGAUUAUCUGUUCACUUGGAUACAGCAUCUUACUCAUGGUGACAUGCACCGUGUAUGCAAUCAAGACCCGUGGUGUACCUGAGAACUUCAAUGAGGCCAAGCCUAUUGGCUUUACUAUGUACACCACAUGCAUAGUGUGGCUUGCCUUCAUUCCCAUAUUCUUUGGCACAGCACAGUCUGCAGAGAAGCUAUAUAUCCAGACAACAACACUUACAAUCUCUAUGAACCUGAGUGCAUCCGUUGCACUGGGGAUGCUCUACAUGCCCAAAGUGUAUGUCAUUAUUUUCCACCCAGAGCUGAACGUGCAGAAGCGCAAGCGCAGCUUUAAGGCCGUGGUGACCGCUGCAACCAUGUCCUCACGUCUCUCUCACAAACCUAGUGACAGACCCAAUGGCGAAGCAAAGACUGAACUGUGUGAAAAUGUGGAUCCAAACAGCUAAUUCUCGUGUAGCAGGUCCAGCAGCAAAGAAGAAGUAUGUGAGCUACAAUGACUUGGUGAUUUAAAGACCCCUGUCAAUAGAGGGAUUGGAAAAAUGUGACAUGGACACUUGGUAUGAUUGCCCUUUUACCCAAAAAGUAAAUAAAAGGCUUCUUGGGUUCAUGUGCAGUGCUACUUUUCUACAUCAGAAACCACAACAGAAAGGCACCUCUAGGAGUUACCGAUCAUCUGAGGACAUGGUCCAAUGUUUUCACUCUUCACAGGAACUAAAGAGCUAAAAAGAAGACAAGAACAUAUGGAGGCAAAAGAAAUACAGAAAGAGAAAAUAAUAAUAAAAAAAAAAUAUCCAGUCUGUUUAAUGUAUGAAAAAAUGUAAAUCUAUUAAAUGGAAAUGUAAGAGGAAUGCAUUUGGAUGUGGAGCUUUAACCCCAUUAGAAUAUGACACUGGCCAUGCCCCUGAAAGAGAUAUAGCACUGAUAAUCUCACAGAACAGAUGCUUCACUCACUGUCUCAUGGGAGAACCAUGUCCGCACACGGAUCCCAAUCUCCUUCUUGUCUUUACUUGUACUUCCAAAUUGCAAGUUUUCCUAAAUUUGUGUAUAACUGUGGUUAUUUUGGUAAACUGUUACUUUUGUUAUUCAAUUUUAAUUUUAAACUUCAAUGUUUUUUCCUUGCUUCUUGAAUGCACAUAAUGUUAAAGCCAUAUUCUUCUCUUUUGAGAUGUUAUGUUAAAAAAAAAAAAACUCCUAUCCAUUUUUAUUGUUAUUAUACCUAAAUCUCGGCCCUUAUCCAGAUAUUGAUAACUUUUUCUCUUCUUAUAGAUAUUUUGGUAUUUUGUCAGGGUUUGUGAACCAUCGCCAAUGUCAGUGACUACAAGAGAGCACCCAUUCAUGUUUUAUUGGAUCUAUCUAAACCCCAGUGAUUGAUGGUGUUCCAGUUCUAACAAGGUGUACAUGUCCCAGUUGUCAAUGCAUGCCUGGUAUGUUUGAUGUUGCAGUACUGUUAAUAAAUCAAGGAGUAAAUAUUUCACAACAAGGAUGUUCGGUCAACAUGCUCUCAAGGAAUUUUACAGCCUUCAUAUUUAUUUUCUAUUUCCCUGAAUUUCUUCUUGACAUUUUAUCCCUGAAGGCAGAAUAUGGCUUUAAUUUUGUCUUGGAAUUUCUUAUUGCCCCGCAACUAAAGAGAAAUUGUGAAAACAUGAAUAUAUAUAUUUAAAAGAAAAUACAAAAAAUAAAAGCAUGUAUGUUUUAUACAGUUUGUAUUAAGUAUAUCCAUGUUGCCCUUGCAGCUUAUGUGCCAAUAUUGUGGGAGACAUUUACAUUUGGCCACUCAUGCAACUACUCUGUGGUGUUGUCCAAGAAUGUAUCAACAUGAAAUAAAACAGUUUGGUUAUUUA